AUGUCCAGGACACUUACACACCAUAUCUGUCUAUCUAUCUCUACAUCCAUAUCUACCUAUCUAUCUAUCUAUCUCUAUAGCCAUAUCUAUCUUUCUCUUAUAACUUAUAAAAUCUUACUCUAUACUCAUAUCUAUCUAUUUAUAUUCAUAUCUAUCUAUCUAUCUAUCCAUCUAUACUCAUAUCUACAGUUGUGGUCAAAAUGUUCAGAAUGGCAUUGUUUUCAUCAGAAAAGUAGCUAUCUAUCUACACUCAUAGCUAUCUAUCUACACUCAUAUCUAUCUAUACUCAUAUCUAUCUAUACUCAUAUCUAUCUAUCUAUCUACACUCAUAUCUAUCUAUACUCAUAUCUAUCUAUCUACACUCAUAUCUAUCUAUAUAUACUCAUAUCUAUCUAUCUACACUCAUAUCUAUCUAUAUAUAUCAUAUCUAUCUAUCUACACUCAUAUAUCUAUAUAUACCAUAUCUAUCUAUCUACACUCAUAUCUAUCUAUAUAUACUCAUAUCUAUCUAUCUACACUCAUAUCUAUCUAUAUAUACUCAUAUCUAUCUAUCUACACUCAUAUCUAUCUAUAUAUACUCAUAUCUAUCUAUCUACACUCAUAUCUAUCUAUAAUCAUAUCUAUCUAUCUACACUCAUAUCUAUCUAUAAUCAUAUCUAUCUAUCUACACUCAUAUCUAUCUAUACUCAUAUCUAUCUAUCUACACUCAUAUCUAUCUAUACUCAUAUCUAUCUAUACUCAUAUCUAUCUAUCUACACUCAUAUCUAUCUAUACUCAUAUCUAUCUAUCUACACUCAUAUCUAUCUACACUCAUAUCUAUCUACACUCAUAUCUAUCUAUCUACACUCAUAUCUAUCUAUCUAUCUAUACUCAUAUCUAUCUAUCUAUCUAUCUACACUCAUAUCUAUCUAUCUAUCUACACUCAUAUCUAUCUAUCUAUCUACACUCAUAUCUAUCUAUCUACACUCAUAUCUAUCUAUCUAUCUACACUCAUAUCUAUCUAUACUCAUAUCUAUCUAUCUAUCUACACUCAUAUCUAUCUAUCUACACUCAUAUCUUUCUCUCUACUCAUAUUUCUCUCUUUCCCUCUGGUGUGGCUGUCUUUUAGGGUCGACUACCAGGUGCCAAGGUCCCUUACGGGCCUCUCUAUUUUACUCCAGUUCAGGCGAGGACUGUGUCGUGACACUCCCUCUCCCUAUACGCGUCUUAGCGUUUCUCUCUCAGACGAAGGCCUUACAACACACUGCGUUUCGAAUAUUCUCUCCCUCGCAUCGCCCUCUAUUACAACACUACAUAUUCUCUUAUUCUCUCUACUCGAGACGACGACCUCUCUCUCUUCGAUGCAUUUCUUCGACGUCAAUGCUCUCACUCUCUAUAUUAAACUCUCAAUUUGAACGUACACUCUCCUUUCUCUCUCUCUCUCUCUCUCUUUCUCUCUCUCUCUCAUUCACUCUCUGUCUUUUCACCCUCUCUCUCUUUUCUCACGCUUUUUAUCUCUUUCUCUCCUUUCUUUUUUCUUUCGUUUUCUCACUUUCUUUCUCUUUCUCUACUGGCGCUACAGAAUCACAAAGAACUCUAUCUAUCUAUCUAUCUAUCUAUCUAUCUAUCUCAAUAUUUUCAUAUCUCUCUCUCUUUCUAUCUAUCUAUCUAUCUGAUAGUUUUCACAUCUAUCUAUCUAUCUAUCUAUCUAUCUAUCUAUCUAUCUAUCUAUCUCAAUAUUUUCAUAUCUCUCUCUCUUUCUAUCUAUCUAUCUAUCUGAUAGUUUUCACAUCUAUCUAUCUAUCUAUCUAUCUAUCUAUCUAUCUAUCUAUCUCAAUAUUUUCAUAUCUCUCUCUCUUUCUAUCUAUCUAUCUAUCUAUCUAUCUAUCUAAUAGUUUUCACAUCUAUCUAUCUAUCUAUCUAUCUAUCUAUCUAUCUAAUAGUUUUUACAUCUAUCUAUCUAUCUAUCUCAAUAUUUUCAUAUCUCUCUCUUUCUAUCUAUCUAUCUAUCUAUGUAUCUAUCUAUCUAUCUAUCUAAUAUUUUCACAUCUAUCUAUCUAUCUAUCUAUCUAUCUAUCUAUCUAUCUAUCUAUCUAUCCCUCUAAUAGUUUUCAUAUCUAUCUAUCUAUCUAUCUAUCUAUCUAUCUAUCUAUCUAUCUAUCUAUCUAUCUCAAUAUUUUCAUAGCUCUCUCUCUCUUUCUCUCUCUCUCUAUCUUUUUCACAUCUAUCUCAAUAUUUUCAUAUCUUUCUCUCUUUCUAAGUGUUUUUACAUCUAUCUAUCUAUCUAUCUAUCUAUCUAUCUAUCUAUCUAUCUAUCUAUCUAUCUAUCUAAGAGUUUUCACAUCUAUCUAUCUAUCUCAAUAUUUUCAUAGUUCUCUUUCUCUCUCUCUCUCAAUCUCUCUCUCUCUCUCUCUCUAUCUAUCUAUCUAUCUAUCCCGUUCUUUUAUUAUCUUUAUAUCUUAA